CGAGAGAGAACACAAAUAUGAAAGAGAAAGAUAUCAGUGAAAGAGAAUAUAUAGUGUGAAAGAGAAAGAUGUCGUCCAAAGCACGCAGAGCCAAAGCGAAGUCGCGGUCCUCUCGCGCCGGCCUUUACUUUCCCGUAUCGAGAAUCCACAAAAUACUGAAGAAGGGGAACUACGCGCCACGAAUAGGGGCAGGGGCGCCGGUCUACCUCGCUGCUGCUCUAGAGUACCUGACUGCUGAAAUACUGGAGCUGGCCGCAGACGUCGCCAAGGAGAGCAAGAAGACCAGAAUCCUGCCUCGACAUAUUCUAUUCGCCAUUAAAAACGACGAGGAGUUAAGCAGGAUGCUGACUGGGGUCACCAUAUCAAGAGGAGGAGUCUGUCCCGCCAUCCAUCCACUACUGCUGCCGAAGAAAACUGUCAAGAAGCUGACGCAAUCCCAGCACUCGCAGUCUUCGCAGGAGCACUAAGCUGGACUUUUAUGAUGAAGAAUCUGUUUGUUUAAUUAUUUAUUGUGUAUUUAUGGUAUAAUUUAACGUAUAAUAAUAAUAUAAUUUUCAUAAAUAUUUAUUUGUGAUUUGAUACGAGUCCUUUUAAGGACUAAA